AUGAAACUUGAACAUGAACAUUACCUUCAACCCAGGCCCGCUAAGCCAGAAUACCCAUCAGUCAACCACAACAUCACGGGAUUCUACAACACUAACGCCAACCAGGAAAUCAAGAAACCUGGAAGUUCACCACUCUAUUUCCUCAUUCAUUUAAUGGGGUGUGAUCAUUCCCCGAAUGGUUCUGUGGGAGUCGAGUUCCGUUUAAAAGAUGCGCAGGGAGGAAGUUUUCUCAAAUUUUUCAAGGGUGUGAAGGUGAACAUAUCUACUGGUAAAGACACAUUUACAGACAUGGAGAGCAAGCUGAUGUUUUUGGUGGUUUGUGUGAUUGGUUGUGCAGUGUCUUGCAUUAAGGCUGAUGGGCACCUAUCAACGCCAACAAAUUUAACCUCCAACAUCACCGGCAAUGAGUGUGGAAAAACCAAACUAUGUUUGGACAACCCUAAAGGAUGUGACCCUUCAGGCAGCUCUCAGUGUUUCUUCACCUCGGUACAGAUUAACUUAACCACCCUCAAUCUAAAGGUUGAGCUCAGUGGCAACUCCAGCGGUUACAUUGCUUUAGCAGCUGGAGUGACAUCUAGUGUGGUUCAGGGCCUCAAUAUCAUCUUUGUCUGUGGCAAUAAUAAUGGCAGGUUCUUCUUCCGGACUGCAACACUCUUAAAUAAUACACUGCUGACAACAAAUGUACCCAAUGUAAACAAUAUCCAGGGUUCGAUACAACCAAGCUUGAUUCAGUGUGUUUUCAGCAUCCCCAUUGAUGCAAACACUAUCAACUUCCUAAACAAUGUCAAUGUCACAAAUGUCAACAUUAGCAACAUUGCUAAUUCCCAGCUGAAUGUUUUCCUUGACGUCUUGCAGGGUUCAACCAAUG